AGCAGUCGCAAGGACUGAGUGCUCGCCAGUGACAUCGUUUGGCUUGCUGUUUUCCACUGGCCGCGAGUGGAUGUGGUGCGAGAUGCCUUUUCUCGCUUUGUGUCGGUUUCGGAUCUGUUAUUCGCUUUGGAUAUUAGUGUUUAUUACGGAUAUUAUUGUGUGCCUGUCAGAGAGUAGGUUUGGAUAUCAAGAUAAUAAAGUGGUACUACUUGACACAACACAAGAAAGUUCCUUAGAGUGGACGAGAUACCCAUAUGGGCCACAAGCAAGAACGCCUGGAUGGGUCGAAGAAAGUUUUACAAAUUUCGAACAAGGGAUCAAUUGGCGAUCUUACGUCGUGUGCGAUGUUGCGUACAACAGUGUCAACAAUUGGCUAUGGACUCCUUUCAUUGAGCGGAGAGAGGCCAACAGAAUGUACAUUGAAGUGAAAUUCAGCAUGCGGGACUGCAACCUUUUCCCCGGAAUGGCACUCUCUUGCAAAGAGACCUUCUCUCUUCUCUACUACGAAUUCGAUGCUGCCACAAAAGAGCCCCCACCCUGGGAACCCGAUUCGUACAAGCUCAUCGACCGCAUCGCCGCCGACGAAGGCCGUUUCACAUCGACAAGUGAAGUCAUCAUCAACACAGAAGUUAGAAGUGUGCCAAUCACUAAAAAGGGGGUGUAUUUCGCGUUCCGAGACCAAGGGGCCUGCCUGUCUCUUAUAGCAAUAAAAGUGUACUAUAUUACUUGUCCGUCUGUGACUUUGAAUUUUGCAUAUUUCCCAGAAACGCCCACUGGUCAUGAGCUUCCAGCAAUAGUAUCCGCUGAGGGUCAAUGUGUGGCCAACACAGCUGUAGUGGAUACACCACGUCUUCUGUGUAAAGGCGAUGGUAACUGGACUCUUCCGUCUGGUGGUUGCAAAUGUGUGGCUGGUUAUGAACCAGUAGAUCAAUCUUGUCAGUUGUGCUCAAUGGGAACAUAUAAAGAAAAUGUUGGAGAUGAACUUUGCAUGCCCUGUCCUUUACAUAGUACAGCUACAUUUACUGGGUCUGUUGAAUGUCAGUGUGAUAAGAAUUACUACAGAUCGCCUAAAGAUCCAAAAUCAUGGCCUUGCACUGAACCACCAUCCAAACCUUUGAAUUUGUCCGAGACUUUUGUGGAUCAAUCUUCUGUUCUUCUUACAUGGUAUAGUCCCAAAUAUUUGGGUGGUCGCAAUGACACAUUUUACAAAGUUACAUGCGAUAAAUGUGGUGCCGGAGUCACUUAUGUACCCUCUCAACAAGGCUUCACUGAUACAAAAGUUACAGUAACUGGUCUUAGUCCUGUUACAACCUACACAUUCAGAAUCUAUGCUGAAAAUGGAGUUUCCAGCUUCACUGCUAGCAAGUAUUCAGAAAUAACAAUCACAACUGAAGCAUCAGUUCCCUCUCUUGUUUCAAAUGUUCGAAUAAAAUCAGUGAAAAGUUCAGAGAUAUCUCUGGAAUGGGAUGCACCAGAUGAUCCAUUUUCUGAUACAGAAAAUUAUGAAGUCAGGUAUUACCAAAAAGGGCAUGAAAGAAAUGGAUCAACAGCCACUACUACAAAAGAAGAAAUUACAAUACCAAGUUUAAAAGAGGGAACAAUGUAUGGAUUUCAGGUUCGAGCUAAAACUACUCAUGGUUGGGGUGAUUAUAGCAAAACUGUUUUCAAGACAACUGGUGCAAAACUUGCCACUCGAGAAUUGGUAGCUGAUGAUCAAGUUCAGGUGCCAAUUAUUGUGGGAGUUGCAGUCACUGUUGUGGCUGUUAUUGUGUUUGUAAUUGUUAUUAUCAUGCUCUAUAUAAGAAGAAGUUCUGAUGAAUGCAAUAAAAAACAACCAAGUGAUUGUGAUACCCUUGAGUACCGUAAUGGGGAAGGUAAGAAAUUAGUGCCAGCACUUGUACACCCACCUAUUGUUCCCACUGCAUGGUUGACUACUCCAUUAUUCACCCAAUGUGGUGCUUCGAGAGCCUAUAUUGACCCACAUACUUAUGAAGAUCCCAAUCAAGCUGUUAGAGAAUUUACAAAGGAAAUCGAUGCCUCUCACAUUACCAUUGAGUCGAUUAUUGGAGGAGGUGAAUUCGGUGACGUUUGUAAAGGUCGGUUAAAACUUCAAGGGCAAACUGAAGUUACAGUUGCUAUCAAAACUUUGAAACCAAGUUCAUCUGACAAAGCUCGUAUGGAUUUCCUGACUGAAGCUAGCAUCAUGGGGCAGUUUGAUCAUCCUAAUGUUAUUUACCUUCAAGGUGUAGUGACCAAAAGCAACCCAGUGAUGAUAAUCACAGAAUUUAUGGAAAAUGGAUCAUUAGAUACAUUCUUAAGGGCAAACGAUGGUAAAUUUCAAGUUAUCCAACUGGUUGGAAUGUUAAGAGGCAUUGCAGCUGGUAUGCAGUACUUGGCAGAAAUGAAUUAUGUACAUAGGGAUCUUGCUGCUCGAAAUGUUUUAGUUAAUGGUAAUUUGGUUUGCAAAAUAGCUGAUUUUGGACUCUCUAGAGAAAUUGAAAGUGCCACAGAGGGCGCUUACACAACCAGAGGAGGGAAAAUUCCUGUUCGAUGGACUGCACCUGAAGCCAUUGCUUAUAGGAAAUUCACAUCUGCUAGUGAUGUCUGGAGUUUUGGCAUUGUAUUUUGGGAAGUCAUGUCUUAUGGCGAACGACCAUAUUGGAAUUGGUCUAACCAAGAUGUUAUCAAAAGUAUUGAGAAGGGGUAUAGGCUUCCAGCUCCAAUGGAUUGUCCUGAAGCUCUGCAUCAGUUGAUGCUUGAUUGUUGGCAGAAAGAGCGUGCUCACAGACCAACAUUUGCUGUUAUAGUCAAAACUUUAGAUAAGCUUAUGCGAUGUCCUGAAAGUUUGAAAAAGAUAGCACAAAACAGGCACCAGAAUCCUUUGGAUCCCAAUGCUCCAGAUAUGACCCAGUUUAAAACAGUGGAUGAAUGGCUGGCUGGCAUAAAAAUGCAGCGCUACCAAGAAAACUUCCAGCAGGCUGGAAUCACUACUAUGGAUGCUGUGACCCGCAUCACCCUGAAGGACUUAACAGCCCUAGGGGUGACACUGGUUGGCCAUCAGAAGAAAAUCAUUAACAGCAUCCAAACCAUGAGAGCCCAACUGAAUGCUAACAUGUCUGAAGGAUUUCUAGUGUAGUAGAAAAGCUCAAACUAGCUUGACAAAACUUUGUAAAAUUGGGAAGCUGGUAACAAACCUCAGCGCCCUGACUAGUUUUCAAACAGGUGCCAUUGCAGCCGAUGUUCAAUUUUGGAAACAAAAGCUUCCAUGCAAGAAUUUGCAUCGGUGUGAUGUGAUAAGUGGCACAGGGUGCAAAACAGCAUCCAUUUGAGCCAGAGCUGCUUGCUUGCCAAUUUGCUCACUGUUUGGCAUCUGUUCCUCCUGGAAGACCAGGCCAGUCAAUAGGGAAACCUUUCUUUCUGUAUAUAUGACAUAUCAGAUGUUGGAUAUUACACAUUACGUGACCAUGUGACGCCACUUCCGAAAUCUGGGCUAUCCGAUGGGCACAUUGCAAGUGGUGGAACAGCCACAUAUCAUUCCAUAAAAAUUUUGAAGACUGUUGGUGUACUUAAUUUGUAUUUGAAUUGCAGCUGCAUAUGUGUCACUGGAAUCAUUCGACUCAUUUUUUUUUUUUUUUUUUUUUUCAUUUUUUUCAUCUGUGAUCUUCAACAAUCUGUAAAUAUGCAACAGGGUGUCUAUAUACAUGUCCAAGUGUUAUUUCUCCUCAUACUUUUUGUAGCAACACUGUGCUUUUAUGUUUAUUAUGUACAUAAGUCCAGACAUUUAGAGUUCUCCCAUUAUAAUUUUGGUUUUUGAGCAUCCUUGCUUCAGGGAGUAAUCUUUGGUUGCAGGGAUCAGUCACUUUUUUCCUCCGUUGCAGCUGUUGAUUAUAUUCUGUGAUGCAUGCGCUUAGAGAGCAUCUGUGUUUCCAUAUUAGUAGCAUUUUUCAAUAUGCUUGUGUAUAUCAGCAUCUUAGUCUUCAGACAGAAGAAGAAAAAAAAUGAAAAUUUUCCUAUAAGUUCAUUUAGAAAUAGUAAAGACUUUAUUUGUGAAUGUGAAGUUAAUUCACAAUGGCAAUAUUAUUCUGUGUGAAAGAUAGUGCAUAAGUCUAUGUAUUUCUGAUAGUUUAUGCUGAUUUUGCAGCAUAGGAAUAUAUCCACCUUUUAAAAUGAAUUGCCUUCUGUCUCAUUGAGUUUGUUUAAUAUCAAGUUAAUGCACAUUAUUCAGUAAAUCUACACUUCGUAGAAAGGUGCAUCUUAAAAAUAAUAAUGUCAUUUGUUGCUGUUCCUACAUAAACAAUCAGAAAUAAUUACCAAGUAGUGGUGCUGUGUUCUCACAUUACUAUGCAACUACAAUCUUUAAGGAUGAAGCUCAUAAAGCAAUAGAAGUGAUGAUAUAUUAUGCAUCAUUGCACAGAUGCAUUUGACUAGUGAUAAAAAUAUAUAAAAAUGCACUUUACUUGAAAUUAACUGGAGAAAUCGAAGUUUUCUAUGCACAUCUCUGAAUGUGACUUGCAAAGCCCUGAUAUUUCAUGGUUCUUAUA